CAUCACAGGUUGAGCUGCACAUCCUCGAGGAUCUGCUUCCUCUAUUUUCUGCUUCUUUUUUCUGCCUCCGCUGCCGCUUCUGCUGCUGCGGAGCGAAAACUACAGCACGGAGGGAGUAGAAGCCAUAAGAUGAAGAAACGAUACGUGGACGCGAGCAGGCUACGGAAAAUGAAAAAGCUGAAAAUAACGGAGAAGCUUUCUGAAAGUGCGUACACCUUCGUGAAGUUUAUGAUGAUGUGGAUGCUGGUGCUGCUGGCAGAUUUCAUCCUUGAGUUCAGACUGGAGUACCUGUGGCCCUGUUGGCUCUUCUUUGGGAGCGUUUACACCACGUUCCACUGCCAUGGGCUGGCUAUUUGUGUUGUUUUUGUUUGUGCUGCCUUCACGCUGGACAUCUUUUGUUUAAUUUUUGUUCCUUUGCACUGGCUGUUCUUUGUGGCAAGCACUUAUGUGUUAUUCAAUUACAUAUGGCACACAGAGAAAGGCAUCUGCAUAUCCACGGUGUCCCUGUGGAUUCUGCUCGUCUACACAGAGGCGUCACUCCGACUAAAAGACCUUAAAACCUCUCAUGCAAACCUGUCUCAUCUUUUUGCUGCACACUGCAUUGGGUAUCCUGUGGUGUAUCUGGGGUUUGAUGCCACGUGCUACUUCACCAACAUCUUCAAGCUGCGCAUUCAGAAAGCUGUGCAGAGUGAGAAUGACUUCCACAUGCACCUCCUGCAGCACUCGCUCCCCCCAGGCCUGCAGGUCUUCCCAAAGACGGGAACAGAUGGCAGCAGCAGCUCUAAAUGGAAGAUAAAGCCUGAGUCCACUCAGUAUCAGUGUCAGAACAGCGCUGUGCUGGCCACUGACGAGGCUCACACCGUGGACUGCCUCCAGAUCCGCAGCGAGGAGAGAGCGCCAGAGAAGGGAGCGCUGGAGGGGAAGUCCGCUGAAUCAAACCGGCGGCCAUUAUCAUCCAAACCUGGUGAGUCCAGAGAUGUGCUUCCCUGCGGGGCAGCAGGACCCGAAUCCUCCACAACCCCGGAAAAUCUACCUCAAGAUGAGCCAGGAAGCAAAGCUACGCGGGCGGCUAAAAGCUCCUCGCCAAAAGCCAGCAGAGGCAGCACAAACACUCCGUCCCCCCCCGCAGGGAGGACGGAGAAGAAGCAGAGAUCCAGCUCAAAGACGGUCAGCCCCAACCGGGACGUCCCAGAGAAGAGCAAUCACCACGCUGAGCAGAUGAACAAGCUGGAGCAGGAUCUGAGGAGGCUGCGGGCCGAGCUGCAGCUGAGCCGGCAGAGCGAGCAGGAGCUGAGGAGCCACGUCUGCAACCUGACCAACAGUGAGCGCAGCCUGAGGCCAGAGGUGUCCCUGCUCAGACAGUCCAACAUGCUGCUCCAGAGCAAGGUUCUGUGCCUGUCUAAAACCAAGCAGAGGGACAAACAGAGCAGCGCCAUGCUGGAGAAAAAGACGAGAGCAGAGACGGAGGCCAGACUCUUCGUGGAGAAACAGUUGGCUGAGCUUCAGGCUCAGAAACUGGAGGAAGCAAACAACACAGCGCGGAGUCUCAACAACAGGCAGGAACACUGUGAAACCCAAAUGUUAAGGAAAAGAGUUAAAGAUCUAGAGACAGAGUACAAACAACUACAGCUGGAGUGUCAAGUCAAAGAGAGUCGUGUGCUAGAUCUAGAGAGUGAUGUUGAGGCUCUGGGAAUGUACCGCUGUGUGGAGAAAGAGACAGACAUGCUGCUGUCCACUCUGUCGGCCAUGCAGGAGAAGGCUCAACAUCUGGAGUACAACCUGAGCGCCGAGACUCGCAUCAAACUGGACCUGUUCUCGGCUCUGGGGGACGCUCGCCGGCAGCUGGAGAUCGCUCAAGAUAAAGUGAUGAGGCAGGACCGGGAGAUUAAGGAGAUGAAGCAGAAGAUCGCCGAGGUGAUGGCCGUCAGCCCGGGGGUUUCCUACAUGGCUCCUCGCCCCCCGGUGCCGCAGUAUCUCACCAAGCUACUGAGCUCUGAGCGCUACAUGCUGAACCCACGAGCCCUCAUGUACCAGUGCCUGAAGAAAUAAAGGAAGUCGUCACCUUUGUCUGAUCCUGGGGAGAGCUCACAGAUUGUUAGGACAGAGCUGCAUGACACCAUGAAGUCAUCUACUUCCAGCCAGCGGUGGAAACAGGAAGAACCUCCACAAGUCGAAUGCCUUUUGCUGCACUGAUGGUACCAAGUUCACAUUAUUUGUUUACAAGGGUUCAAGAAGUGUUUCACUCCAAAAUACUAUAUCUCUCUUUAUGUAGAGAUACAGCUAACACUUUCUAGUUGAAAUGCAUCAGAGAAAAGCACACUUCUUCAAAUUCAGACCCUGUUAAUUUAUCUAAAUGAUUUUGGGAAAUUGAAGUUCAUAAUGUACUAGAAGAUACAUCUUGCUGCCCUGCAGACCCACGAACUUACUGUAGCUUUAAAACACAGGUUCACACUUCAAUUAAUCAAAAGUAUAAUACUUACAAGGUUUUAAUAUCACUUGUGCAAUGGUACAUCUGCUGGAUACUACAAUCAAAAUAACAUGGUCUAAUUUUUUUUAUCGUGUUUAUCCCUUUGAGUCAAAUGAAUAUUAGUUCAUAAAAGCAUCCAAUAAGUGUUUUUCACAGCGGGCAUUUGGACGAAUCAAAAGAGAAGCAGAGGUGUUACUAACAACAUGAACAAUGGCUCUGCUUUAUUAAAAUGUUUUAGCCCUGACAGUGAGUCAGCGUGCACAAACCCAUGAAACUCAAACUGCUUCAUGGGAUUCAGCCAUUGUUAAUUUAUUAUUCAUAAUGUCUUCUGUGAAAAGCGAAUUCAAAUAUUAAGAUAUCCUGCUGAGACAUGUUCUCAGAUUCAAUGUGAAUAUAGAGAGAUGAUACAUUUACCAAACUAAAUCUGAAUUUUCUCAAAGCAUAUUUAUAAUUAUGAACAAUUUCCACAAUGCUAAAUUCUUAAGAAGAGUAUGUAUAAGUAUACAUUUUGGAAUCCCUUCAGAGUUGGCCGUUUACAAGGGUUCUUUUUUGAGAAACAGGUUGAAAUCUUGAUGUUUCUUGAGAACAUUGUGCAGUGAUGUUGAUUGUUGGAGUGACCAGAAACGGAUAUCACAGUUUGCGGCGAUUCUUUUCUCUUUGUUUGGCGGCUCUCGGCGUAAAACAAUGGAAAUGGUGAUAGUGACUUUGUCCCUGAGUGACAGGGGAGUUGUUAAUAACGAGGAAUGGUGUCGACCAAAUGUGGUUCAUGAAUUUAAUUACUGUGCCUAUAUACAUUACUUUCAAACAGGAAAGUAAAACACAAUUUAAUGUGAAAGAGUAAUGUGUUUGAAUUGAAGUGCUAUGUACUGUUUUUGUAGUUCCUUUGAUUUAUUUUCUACUCACAAGGUAAAGAAUUGAAAAUACCCACGCAGCUGGAAACACUCAUGAUCUGGAUGUCGCCAUUUUGGUAGCUUUUUAUUUAGAGUGUCUUUCUAGGGUGUUUUAUAUCAAAACUAUUUUUUAGUCUUGCUGUACUUUUAUUAUACUGCUGUCAUUUUGUACGGCGAUGUGUUUUGUCAGCAUGAAAUGUGUUUUAUUCAACUGUUAAUUGAGCACACAUUGUGACUUUCAGUAUGUACAUGAAUAUACUUGUACAAGGGCUACAAUUUCUUAACAUUUUGAACAAAUAAUUCAAAUAGUGAUGCUCUAAAGGGUAGAGAUCACACCCCUGAUGCAUCAGGAGGAUUUCUUUUGUAUAAAUAAUUUAAACAAUUGAAA